AUGCCCAAGCUAGCAAGCUACAAGCGCAUAAUCCUUUGCGCCGACGGGACGUGGCUAGCGUCUGACCAAGGUGACAAGUCCGUGCCUUCGAAUGUUGCGAAGAUUGCUCGAGCAAUUGCGACCAGUGGCCCCGAUGCCGAUGGCAAAAUUGUAAAGCAGAUUGUGUCGUACCAUUCCGGCCUGGGGGCUGGAGCCCUUCCUUUCCAGAAAACCAUAUCUGGCGCCAUCGGCCGGGGUUUAGACAUCGAAGUUUGCAAGAUCUAUGAUUUCAUAUCCAACAACUAUGAGCCCGGGGACGAGUUGUUCUUCCUCGGAUUCUCGCGCGGCGCUUUCACGGUGCGCUCAGUCGCUGGCCUGAUAGGUGAUAUCGGUGUCCUCCGUGCAGUGCACAUGUCGCACUUUGCAGAGAUGUGGAAGGCCUACUGUGAGAAUACGGACGGGCAGCCCUUCAUAAAGACACCGUGGUAUCAGCAGAACAAGGACAAACUGCGCUUGACGGAUGAUAUAAGGAUUAAAGUUGUUGGGGUUUGGGACACUGUUGGUGCUCUGGGAAUCCCUGAAUGGCCGUUUUUAGGAUUCGCCACAAAACUUGGUAUCGCAAUGAACAAACAGUACGCAUUUCACAACACGAAAUUAUCAAAAAAUCUGGACUAUGCCUUCCAAGCCCUUGCUAUUGACGAGAGACGAAAAACCUAUCUUCCUACCCUCUGGCACAAGACCUCUGACGCCCCGGCCAAGGAACUACAACAAUGUUGGUUUCCCGGUGUUCAUCGUAAUAUCGGUGGCCAAGCAGAAGAUCCACCUACCGCUGGUGACCAUGAAGAGAUCGGCAACAUCACAUUUGCGUGGAUGGUGGACAAUCUCUCCGGCAUGCUGACCUUUGAAGAGGCCGCGAUCGACGUGCUCCUCGAGCAGCACCAACACGCGCAGGCCGCGAACAACGCCAAAAACAACAUCACGGACGGCUGGGGCUGCGGGACUAUAGUUUCUAAUUUCUCUGGGCUGCGAGGCGCGUUCUUCCGCAUUCUUGGCAAGCAAGACCGCACGCCGGGCAACUACCCACAGGGUCCAGAUGACGGAAAUGAUCGCGCCACAGAUGAGUAUUUCCAUCCAAUUGUCCGGAUACGGAAGAGCAAACUCUCUAAUUACAACCCAACGUCGCUUUACGGGUAUUCCGCCGAGAAGUCUGAUAGUGAUGCUGGCUGGAUGUGGCACAGAGAGGACAGACAGACAGUGCCGGAGUAUGUGAUGCGCCCGGAGAAGAAAAUGAGUUUGGUGAACGAGGGAGGCUAUAAAACUACGAGUAGCUUGUCAAGGUUGAUGUGUCCCAAACUCCUUCUGGCAGAUAUUGAUAGGGAUAAUGGUGUAACACCAGAGUGA